ACUCGCCCGCCCCUCCCUCCUCGCCGCGGCUGGCACGUCUGGAGCGCCCGGGCAGAGCGGGCGGCGCUCCGGGGGCAUGCGCUCCAUGAGGGUUCUGCAGAACGCGCUGAGCCGCGCGGGCAGCCACCGCCGGAGGGGAGGCUGGGGUCACCCGAGCCGGGGCCCGCUCCUGGGCGGGGGUGUCCGGUACUACCUCAGUGAGGCCGCGGCGGCGCAGGGCAGGGGGACGCAGCACAGCCACCAGCCGCAGCACACGGAUCAUGAUGCGUCAAACAGCGGCAUGCUGCCUCGGCUUGGUGACCUGCUCUUCUACACCAUCGCUGAGGGGCAGGAACGCAUCCCCAUCCACAAGUUCACUACUGCCCUGAAGGCCACUGGACUGCAGACGUCAGACCCGCGCCUCCAGGAUUGCAUGAACAAGAUGCACCGCAUGGUCCAAGAGUCCAGCAGUGGCGGCCUCCUGGACCGGGAGCUCUUCCAAAAGUGUGUAAGCAGCAACAUUGUGCUCCUGACUCAGGCUUUCCGAAAGAAGUUUGUCAUUCCUGAUUUUGAGGAGUUCACGGGCCAUGUGGAUCGCAUAUUUGAGGAUGCCAAAGAGCUGACUGGAGGCAAAGUAGCAGCCUACAUCCCUCACCUGGCCAAGUCAAACCCAGACCUUUGGGGCGUCUCCCUGUGCACUGUGGAUGGGCAACGGCACUCUGUGGGCCACACGAAGAUCCCCUUCUGCCUGCAGUCCUGUGUCAAGCCCCUCACUUAUGCCAUCUCCGUGAGCACCUUAGGCACCGAAUACGUACACAAGUUCGUGGGCAAGGAACCCAGUGGUCUGCGCUAUAACAAACUCUCCCUCAACGAGGAAGGAAUCCCCCAUAACCCCAUGGUCAAUGCCGGCGCCAUUGUCGUCAGCUCCCUGAUCAAGAUGGACUGUAACAAAGCUGAGAAGUUUGACUUUGUGCUGCAGUAUCUGAACAAGAUGGCUGGGAACGAAUUCAUGGGAUUCAGCAACGCCACAUUCCAGUCAGAGAAGGAAACUGGGGACCGGAAUUAUGCCAUUGGCUAUUACCUCAAGGAAAAGAAGUGCUUUCCUAAGGGUGUGGACAUGAUGGCUGCCCUUGAUCUCUAUUUCCAGCUGUGCUCUGUGGAGGUCACCUGCGAAUCAGGCAGCGUCAUGGCAGCCACUCUUGCCAAUGGCGGGAUCUGCCCCAUCACAGGCGAGAGCGUGCUCAGUGCCGAAGCGGUGCGCAACACGCUCAGCCUCAUGCAUUCUUGCGGCAUGUACGACUUCUCUGGCCAGUUUGCUUUCCACGUGGGCCUACCAGCCAAGUCAGCUGUGUCAGGAGCCAUCCUCCUGGUUGUCCCCAAUGUCAUGGGGAUGAUGUGUCUGUCACCUCCCUUAGACAAGCUGGGGAACAGCCAAAGGGGCAUCAGCUUCUGCCAGAAGUUGGUGUCUCUCUUUAACUUCCACAACUAUGACAACCUGCGGCACUGUGCUCGGAAGUUAGACCCACGGCGGGAAGGAGGAGAAGUGCGGAACAAGACGGUGGUGAACCUGCUCUUUGCUGCAUACAGUGGAGAUGUUUCUGCUCUUAGGAGGUUUGCUCUCUCAGCCAUGGACAUGGAGCAGAAAGACUACGAUUCCCGCACAGCCCUGCACGUUGCUGCAGCUGAAGGACACAUUGAAGUUGUCAAAUUCCUGAUCGAGGCUUGCAAAGUGAAUCCUUUUGUCAAGGAUAGGUGGGGCAACAUCCCCCUGGAUGACGCAGUGCAGUUCAACCACCUGGAGGUGGUCAAGCUGCUCCAGGACUACCACGACUCCUACCUGCUCUCAGAGACUCAGGCGGAGGCAGCAGCCAAGACCCUGUCCAAAGAGAACUUAGAAAGCAUGGUGUGAGCCCAGGCCAGGGCCAGGCCCCGGCUUGAGGAAAAGCGAGAGCUGGCCGCACAUUUAACACACAGCCACCAGAAACACUAUGAGCGGCUGCUCCAGGAGCGGCAGCAUGGCCAUCUGGUGACACAGGCCAGGGCUUUCUGUGAGAAUCAAAAACGCCCUAG